AUGGAAUACAGAAGAUUAGGAAAGACGGGACUUGAUGUCUCAUUAUUGAGUUAUGGCGGUUCACCUCUGGGUGGUUGCUAUGGUGACAACGAUGAGAAGAGACACAUUGAUUCAGUUCAUCAUGCCGUAGAGAUGGGUAUCAAUUUCUUUGAUACCUCACCAUACUAUGGAAAGACAUUGUCAGAGACAGUGAUGGGCAAAGCAAUCAAAGAUAUACCAAGAGAUAAGUUCAUCUUGGCAACCAAGGUGGGAAGAUAUGACGUCAAGGACUUUGAUUUCUCCUACAACAGAGUAAUCUCCUCUGUUAAAGAGAGCAUGAAACGUCUUAACGUGGAGUACCUGGACGUGGCUAUGUGUCAUGAUAUUGAAUUCGGUGACCUCAACCAGGUCAUCAAUGAAUCCAUACCUGCACUGAUGAAACUCAAACAGGAUGGUCUGGUUCGACACAUUGGAGUGACUGGAUAUCCACUAAAGGCCCUGAUGACUGUUGUAAAUGCUUGUCCAUCUAUUGAUGUCAUACUCUCCUACUGCCACUUCUGUCUGAAUGACACAUCUCUCGAGUCCAUCGUACCGCAACUAAAACAACAGAACAUUGGUAUCAUCAAUGCAUCCCUGCUCAACAUGGGAAUGCUUACCGAGAGAGGACCACCUGAAUGGCACCCAGCAGACCCUGAGAUCAAGAAGAAGGCACAAGAGGCUGCACGUCUUUGCAAAGAGAGAGGAUCGGACAUCAGUAAAGUGGCGCUCCAGUAUGCCCUGAGAGAGAACCAAGACAUACAUACUCAUCUGGUCGGAAUGCCUCACAAUGACCAGGUGGACUACAACAUCAAGUUGAUGAAGGACCCAAUCGACAAUGAUCUAACAGUCAACGUGCUCAACAUGUUCGAAGGUGUAAAGAACAGACAAUGGAUUUCAGGUCGAACGGAGAAUAAUUGA